AUGCGCCAAGUGCUAUCCCCGUCACUACCCUUUGUGGGAGAUUUACCGAGUGAAAUGCAACCGGAUCACAGGAUUCGCAUCCGAGGUGUUGUGAAUCGCCCCAAUGGAGACUGUCGCAUUCAUCUGCUGGCCGGCAAGUCACAGAAUCCGCCAGACGACGUUCUGCUACAUCUGAGUCUUCUACCGGCAACCAGAGAAGUACUUCGUAAUAGCUACUGCCAAGGAAAGUGGGGCCAGGAAGAGCGAAUCCCGAAUAGUCCAAUCAAUUUCGAUGAAGAAUUUGAGUUAACCAUUGCCGCAACAACGACUGACUUCUGCGUGGAAAUAGACGGAUGUGAAUUUGCCAACUUCAAUCAUCGCUGCCUGGGUCAAAUGGCUCGAAACAUUUUUAUCGCUGGUGGAUGUGUGAUUAGUGCUGUAAAAUUUGAAAAUUGGAAAUUAGUGCCAAAAGUGAACAGUGUUCUCCCAAGUGCUCCAGUUUACAACCCCCCUUCAACGGUGCACCAGCCGGGGCUGCCACUUUCGUUCAACAUACCGGCUUGGCCGCAUGGGCCGGCGCAAUAUGUUGCCCCAUCGUUGCCUCUGUACAGCCCGCAAUCUUACCAGCCAGCAUUUAAUCCGGCAGCGUUCUUCCAGCAGCCAUUGCUAGUGAACAUUCCCGGUGUUGAACAAAAAAGUACAGACGGAGGGACUUCGAUGCAAUACCAACUGCUUGUGAAAGUGCUUUGGAAAAUUUGCUGCAUACUGUUCAAGGCGCUAAAAUACAUCGUAUUUGCAUUAGCUGGUGGAUUCGGUUUUUACAUUCUAUCGAAGAGGCUUCGGUUGUAAUAAAGUGUGGUUGGCGGUUGUGAUAUGGCAAUGGUUUACAUUCAGCGAGUAUUAUUAUAUUAUGUUA